AUGUCAACAACAGAGAACACAACAACAGUUAUAGUCCAUGAAGCUAUAAAUGAAGAAUACGAGUGGGUUCAGUAUAACAAACAAUUGAGACUCAUUCGUUCGGUCAAAGACGAUAUGUACCAGAUGCAAAGUAUUUUGACAGCAUGUUUUGCUCCAGAUACCAAACAUACAGACGAUUGGUUCAAAAACCAAAGCACACAAGAACUUUUGAGCGAAGAACAGCGAGACCGACUUUUUUCGGGGUCGCCUAAAACUCAUGAAAAUCGUAAAAAUUUGCCAAAUGGUUUGAGAGGUUGGUAUGUACAUAGACUUCUUGUAAAUGCUGUUGCAAUGUGGGUUCGCCUCGUUAUGCUUGGUAUAUUUACAGACUUCUUGACGAAAUUCAUAGACAAGAACGUGAAGAGAUGGAAAAGAAACUUCAAGCAAAAGAUGAAGUCAUUGAAGCAAAAGACAAAAGCAUUCAGAAAAGAAUACCACGUUCGGUACCAAAAGGAAAGGAAAAGAACUAUAAGUAUAUGA